AUGGAAUACUGCACAAGUCGUCCAGUUGCGAAAUACAUUGAAGUUGGAUCCAAUGGUGGCACCAUUUUUGCAUCACCGACUGUACCAUCAUUUAUUGAAAGUGCAUUUAUCAAACCAUACUAUCCGAUACGAAGUACACGAUCGAUAAAUAAUGAAUACAGAACCUUCGAUCGUCCGUUUCGAUUGGAAAAUCGGAGCAGAUCGUAUGACUACAAUACAUUUUCACCAGAAGAAUUCUAUCGUACUUCAAAUCAAGAGUAUGGUGCUUAUCCACCUAUGAUACAUAGUUUGCCACCCAUCUAUCGACCACUCAGGCAUACUUUCACGGAUAUGCUAAAAACUGGACAAGAACAUCAUCAUCUUCGAAAUUUUAAGAUGAGCACUGACAAUUUACCAUCGAUAUGGGCACCUCGUGGAGCGCUACCAAUAUCAAUUGGUCGAGGAAGCUACGUCAGACAUUCUAUGCGCCCAGUUUUCAAAUAA